AUGCAGGUGCCACUCCGGACCGAUGAAACUCUGGAGCUGUUUAUAGUAGAGAGCAUAAUUAUGCAAUGGUUGCGUGAAAAACAUUGGCAACUAUCUAUAAGCGACACAGUUCCGAUCUUACAAGAACCACCACAGUCGUCCGCCGAAUCGCUUAUGGACAAACUCAGACAAGCAAACGUUUCUCUACACGGGAUUGGCAGAAUGGUGGUCAAAAUCAGAGCUGGCCAUGUGUUUUCACUGCUUAUGGUCGGCGAUACGGUGGUUAUAGAGGAGGGGGAACAAAACUUUGCACAACUGUUUCCCUUAUUCAUAGAUGUUUCGGUAAAGGCCGAACCCGCGGCAUCAGAUACAUGCGAAGUGAUCGUCGCGAUCGAGAUUGCGCCUAUGAAAGCUGCUAAUAAUAAUAUUGGAGGAGACGAGAAUGUUCCUUCCUCACCAUCAUCUUUACCAGACGAUCACGACGUCACAGCCCCGUCUGGGCCCAUAUGUUGUUUAUAUGAAGAAAUGGCAACGGUUGCCGGUGUAGACGUGACGAGCGCUCAACAUUUCUAUCAUGGUGGAUAUGCGGGUGGAAUCAGUGAAACAUCAUGA